UCUCCCUGCCUCUGCCCUCCCCAGCAUGUCCCUUGCUGCGCAGCCCUCGGCAGCCCUCGACGUACCGCGACUACCAUGUGGAGAUGGACAGUGAGCGGCGCGUGUCAGGGUAAGGGUGCGUCCUCCGCCCGCUCCAGCCCGCCAGCGCUCCACCACCACCACCACCACCACCACCACCGUGUACUCUCCCUCUCCCUCUCCCUACGGCUGCCUCUGCUGGUGCUGGCACUGGUUUUGCUAGGCAGCACUUCGCCCGUCGCCACCGCCGCCUGUCACGGCGCCUGCGGCCGGGCGCGCCACCUGCAGCGGACACACAACGCGACGGCGGCGUACGUGCCGGUCGGGCGGCACGUGCGCAGCUACAACCACCUCCAGGGCGACGUGCGCCGCAGGAAGCUCUUCUCCUUUCAGAAGUUCUUCCUGAGGAUCGACCGACGCGGGAUGGUCAACGGCACCAAGAGCAAGGAUGACCCGCUCAGCAUCCUGGAGAUCACAUCAGUUGAUGUGGGCAUUGUGGCCAUCAGGGGUCUCCACAGUAACUACUACUUGGCCAUCAACAAAAAAGGAGAUCUCUAUGGAGCAAGGGAAUACAGCAUGAACUGUAAACUCAAGGAACGGAUAGAAGAGAACGGCUACAACACUUACGCGUCGGCCGAGUGGAGGAUUAGGAAACGACAAGUGUUUGUCAGCCUGAAUGCAAACGGAAAACCUCUACGAGGAAGAAAGACCAGAAGAAAGAACUCGGCCACACACUUCCUCCCAAUCAUGGUGUGAUCCGUGUAAUAAUCAAUCUCCAAUCAAAAACUGACAUGACUGAGGCUGGAGAGAUAAGAAAACAAAACAAAAAUAUAGUGUACAUCUAUGAGAUUUCUCUCUUACCAGAAGGCACUACUUUGCUGGAAGAAGACUGUUUCUAAACCCAUUUCUAUCAUCCUUUACUUGUUUUGUGAUUCUCUUUGCAUCUGCGGCACAUGGAUGAACUAUGAACACUUUGUGCCAAAUGGUAGGAAAUGAGAGAACAACAAGCAAGUUGAUGAUGGGUUGAUUGUUCCCCUCGGCCUACUGUGAAACACAUUACGUUAUGAACAGUCAUGGUUCAUGAACAAUAAUGUCUUUAAGGUGGCUGUUGAAAAGCAAAGCUGAAUCUCAAAACUGAAGAUGUGUUUAUAUAAUAUCACACUGGCAAAACUAUCCCACAUGCUCCACUGUAAUGAGAUGUAAGGUAUACUUUUGACAUAUAGAUUCAAACUAAAGCAUUUGCAUCAUUUUAACAGUGCUUUUUGACUCCUUUGAUAAAUUAUUUAUUUGUAUAAUAUUUAAGUGGAAAAAACA